AUUUGUCCUGGUCUGCCGUGGCGUUUUCGGUUUGAAAUCUAGAAGAAAAAUGGAUGCAGAGGAAGUUUCCACCCAAGAAACUCUCUACCUGCUCCGAACCCCAGGGUCUAAUCUUCACUGGAUUUUUGGCAAGUGGCAGAAAGAACAUUGAAUUAGGCAUCCUAAACGUGCCCGACAGGUUUUUCCAUUCUACUUUAAAAAUCAGGGCAAAGCUUCAGUCAACUAGGAAGACCACUCCAUUUUAUAAGACAUCUUCCUUCUCCCUAGAGUUGCACGAGCAAGGCAUUUAUCUUGGGUGGUAAGCAUGGCCUAUGCAAGCAAAUUUUUGCUUCUCAUACAGUUGGUUGCAGCUGCUUACAACACAGAUGCCUUGAAGCAGAAGGUGACUCGCAUCCAAUUCUACAUGCAUGACAUCGUUGGAGGCCCAGAGCCAACUGCUGUCAGGGUAGCUAGCCGCUCCAACUUCACCGGUCAAGACCCGAUCGCAGCCACGUUUGGGUCUAUUGUCAUGAUGGACAACCCUCUGACGGUCACCCCAAACAUAAACUCGACGUUAGUUGGGCGUGCUCAAGGGAUGUAUGCUAUGUCAUCACAACAAAAGGAGUUCAGCCUUCUUAUGACCCUUACUUACGCUUUUACUAGCGGACCUUAUAACGGUAGCACCUUCAGCGUCCUCGGCCGCAAUCCAGUAAUGAAUGAAGUAAGAGAAAUGCCGGUGGUUGGAGGCACCGGAAAGUUUAGGCUAGCUCGUGGAUAUUGCCUUGCCAGGUCCUACUCAAUGAAAGAAAUGGAUGCAGUGAUCGGAUAUAAUGUAACAUUGCUACACUAGUAGCCAUAUGAAUAUGAUUGUAAGAGUAGAGUAUUGGUGUUUAGAGUCAUGUAUUGGAAUUUUGGAUGGGAGAUUUUCAGUCAAAAUCCUUGUAACAGUUUCUUUUGUAAUUUGUCAAAAUAAAGGGAAUAGUAAAAAGUUGAAAUAUU